AUGUCAGACCCAGACUCGCAGACUACCAAUUUCCCCGACCUUCCUCCGGCGCCUCCUUCGCGAGUCGUCGGUCAAGGUUACUCUACCAGUCAUCCAGUACCGACCAUACAAUCAUAUCGCGACACUCAAGCAAAGCACGACGAAGAAGCCAGACAAUAUGCUGAGAUUGUCGAUGCCAGGCGAAAGGAAGCUGAGGAGAGGCAAAGAGCCAACGAAGAGGAACACAACGAAACGGGGGAUGACGAGGACCACACGGAUCGCCCAACUGUCCCUGAUGUGAAUGAGGAUAUCAAAGAAGAAGCAAAAGGAGAUUCUGAUGGGCAAAAGCAUACACUUCAUCGGAAGAGAGAUGCUGUCAAGCAUGAACCACCGACUGAGAAGCAGAGAAUGAUGGAACAGAUGACUGCCAAUCAGCGCAGCCCCACCGAUCGUUUCAAACACGCUGAAAAGGGUCAGCGUCGGGUACGAGACCCGAUCACUGGCUCAGAAAUCAUCGUCAAGGAUGCUGAUCCGAAGGACUUUGACGCUACCCAGCCUCGAACUCACGGUUCUAACAUUCUGUACCACCCCUUUCCGCCUGCACGUCCCGCGUCUCUCGAAGCUCUCCUUUCCAAGCUGAGGUUAACUUCCUACUUGGCAGGAGGUAGCAUGUUCCUCGUCUGGCUUUCUGUCGCAUGGGGCUCUGGCUUCACACAGUUCAUUUGGCGUAGCACACUAUGCGGGGCUAUCGGAUUCGCCUUGAUGACUGGGAUCAAUAUCGUGAUGCGAGGCGUUGAUAAAGAAGUUGAACGAGUCCGUCAAGACUUGCACCGACAGCGCGGAGAAAGCUUCUCUCCUCCCAUGCCGGAAAGUGUGGAAUGGUUGAACGGGCUAAUCAAGCUGGUGUGGGGUCUGGUCGAUCCUUCUUUGUUCAUCUCUGUCGCCGACAUGGUUGAAGACAUCCUUCAGCAGUCUCUCCCCUCGUUCGUCGACGCUGUAAGAAUCACAGACAUCGGACAAGGAUCGAACCCAUUCCGUAUCACGUCAAUCAGGGCGCUACCGGAUCAGCCAGGAGAUGAAGGGUAUCCCAAGACAUCUUGGAUCAAUCAAGGCAACGACGACAUUCCCACCAAGGACACUGCUGGCAAGGAGCUCAAGGAAGACCAAGCCGGAGACUACUACAACUUUGAGGUCGCCUUCUCGUACGCGGCUCUGCCCGGUCAAGGUGCCCAUCUCCGGGCCAAGAACAUCCAUCUCCUCAUUGAAUUCUUCAUUGGGAUGUACGACUGGUUACACAUCCCUGUGCCCAUUUGGAUUCAGGUCGAGCAAGUCAUGGGCAUCGUUCGACUUCGAGUGCAAUUCAUCCCUGAACCUCCUUACGUCCGCAACCUGACAUUCGCCCUAUGUGGUGUGCCCUCCGUGGAGGUAUCGGCAAUCCCAAUGUCCAAACACCUCCCCAAUGUCCUCGACCUGCCAUUCGUGUCGAGCUUUGUCAAGAUGGGCAUUGCCGCCGGAACCGCAGAGUUGUCCGUACCCAAGUCGAUGACUUUGAAUCUGCAGGAAAUGCUCUCGGGAGCCGCUGUGGGCGACACUCGUGCGAUUGGUGUCUUCGUCAUCACUGUGCACCACUGUGAGGGAUUAUCCGCUCAAGAUAACAACGGGAAGUCAGAUCCAUACAUCGUUCUCGCAUACGCCAAGUUUGGAAAGCCACUGUAUUCCACGAGAAUCAUCCUUGCAGAUCUGAAUCCUGUCUUUGAAGAGACAGCAGUGCUUCUCUUGACCAUGGACGAAGUCAAGGCAAAGGAAGAUCUGUCGGCCAUGUUGUGGGACAGCGACAAGAUGAGCGCUGAUGACCUGGUUGGACGUGUUCAAAUUCCCGUCACCGAAUUGAUGGAGAAUCCGAACCAGAUGAUUCGACGAGAGGACGGCCUAAUGGGCUUUGAAGAUGCCAAUGACAUGCCAGGAAAACUCGUUUGGUCAAUCGGAUACUUUGAGAAAGCUCCCUUGAUCAAGGAGUUUGAGCGAGGUCCAACACUAGAGGAGGCCAGCAACGCAAAGACCCCACCGAAAUCGGCUCCGGAAAUGCAAAUGUUGCCAGGAGACAAAGGGCCUGAGCCAGCGAAGACUGACCUGCCACCAGCACCUCCCGACGUCGAAAAGACGAGACCCGAUCCAAAAUGGCCUUCGGGUGUUCUGUCGAUUGUUUUGCAUCAAAUCAACAAUCUUGAACGUCAAAACCUCACCGGGAAGUCUGGCAAGGAUCGUGAAGGUGAAGCUGGACAGGAUACAGAUGAUCCCUCCGAGCAAUCUGACAACUUGCCAUCUGGUUAUGGUGAAUUCAUCGUCAACGACAAUUUGGUCUACAGGACGCGAGUCAAACAAUACACCACCAACCCUUACUUUGAAGCUGGAACAGAGAUCUUUGUCCGAGAUUGGGAGAAUACCGUUGUUCGAGUGGUCAUUCGAGACUCAAGAUUACGUGAAGCGGAUCCCAUUUUGGGUAUUGUCAGUGUACGACUCAGCGAAGUGUUUGCACAGGCAAGCUCUGUCACUCAGAUGUACGCGAUCACUGAGGGCAUAGGCUUUGGAAAGGCCAACAUCUCGUUCGCGUUCCGUGGUGUUCAAACGACUUUGCCACCGAAUAUGAGAGGAUGGGAGACUGGCACGCUGGAGAUUGAAAAUGUCCGAGUCACCAUCAACGAAGACUCCAGAGAUGUCUUCAAUCCUCAUCCCACUCGCCUUCGUGUAGUGUCCACCGAGGAGACUGAAUCUCUGCCCAAGAAGGCUGCCGAGAGCCACGAGGAUGGUACGGUCGUUUGGCAAAUGGACGCGUUACGGAUGCCAAUAUACACGCGAUAUCAGUCUUCCGUCAUCUUUGAACUCGGCAAAGAAGGCGCACUGUCGGCCCUCGGUAUUGGCGCGAAGCCUGAAGCCCUUGCCGUGUUGUGGUUGCAAGACUUGACCGAUGAUACGGAACAAGAGGUCAAGCUCCCUCUUUUGACCACCGCGAACCCCGAGAAUCUCAGACAGAAUGCAAUCAACGACGAGACUGCCAAACAUCAUGAUUUCAAGGUCAUCGGCUGGCUAACUGCCAAGAUGAAGCUUGACUCGGGACUCGACGAGGAUCACGAGAAACUGCGCCUCAGCCAGGGCCGACGACACGCACUGGAAGCUUAUGAUCAUAUGGAAGGCGAAGCUGCUAUCGCAGAGCGACAGGCUCAUUUCAUGGAUGACGGAGUGAUCGACAAGGACGAGAAGAAGGCUAUUGAUAAGGCGCAUAAGAGGCAGCUCGAGAGUCGAGGUCGAGGUCCAGCUCAGAUCAAAGCCUACAGGACUGGCAAGUGGAUGCUCAGGGGUGUCAAGGACAGGAUCCCCAUUGGGAAGGACAAGACGAGGGAGCCGACGAUUCAGACGGAAGCGUAG